AUGAGCACACGCGUCACCAGAGCCGAAACACGCAGGAGGAUGGCGGCCCUCCAGGAACCUCGCCCGGGGCAAGGAUGGUCGGAGACCCGGCCUACCCGAGCUCCGCGGCGGGCCCUGGAGCGGACUCGAGGCGAGGACUCCGCCCCGGAACCCACGGUGAGCGACGACAGCGACGUGGAGGUGAUCGGCGAUCCCGCCGUCGAGGAGAGAGAGUGGCGACUCCGGAAGGCGGCGGCGGGCGGUCGCAUACCGCGCGGGACGACGGACGUCGGAGGAGAGGAACUCCCGAGGAGCCACUCGGAGGCGGUCUGUCGGGCCACCGAGGAGUCUCGGAAGCGGUUCCGAGACCGGGAGCCGUCGGACGAGGAGCAGCAACGGUCGACGGAGGAGGAGGCGAGAAGACAGGCGCGGCUGCGGCAGGACCACGAGGCGGCGGCGGCGCGGUGGCAUGCCCGCUUGCGAGAGGCGGAAGAAGAAGAGCGGCGGCUGUGGGAGGCACAGGUGGAGGACGCGUGGGAGGUGCCACUCACCCCCAGAUACGCGGCCGAGGAACGCAGCCCGAGGGACGAGGUCGAGGACGAACCACGCGCACCAUCCCCUCCGCGGUGGUUACCCGAGGUGCCACCCACUCCCCGCUACGAGGGGGAGUGGCUCACGGACGGCGACGAUGGAGCACCGUUGGCCACGCCGCCGUGGAGGCCGGCCCGGCCACCCACGCCGCGAUACGCGGAGCCACGACGACCUGAGGAGCAGACACCGAGCGAGGAGUCGACCGAGCAGCCGAUGCCGCAACCGGAGGAGGAGGACGUCCACCAGGCAAGGGCGGACGAGCCGUCGGUGGUGCGGACGGAGGUGCCGGCCGCGCACGUGAGCCACAGCACACGGGCGUUCGAGGCCGAGGGUUUGCGGUGGCGGCAGCAGACGGUGACGUGGACGUGGCCCGAGGGGCCCGCGACAGGACCGACGGCGGAGGUGCCCAGGAUAUGGGAGGAAGGGGCACCGAAGGUGAACCCUCGAGACCCACGGACGAGGAGCCGACAGGAUGCAUGGGUCCCGCCGACACCAAGCACGGGCCCGCCAACACCGGCGACGACGGCAACGACGGGGGAGGCGGAGUCACCGGAGAAAGGACCAUGGGUGUGGCCCGAGCCAGCGGCCACCCAAAGGCCUCCACUCCAACGACAAAGUUCGACGCCCGGAUCAACGCGCCCGCGGCCGCAGUUCAUGCGGCAGGUAUCGGCGCCGGAGGAAGGCGGUUGGCGCGAGGUCGCCAGGAGCGAGUGGCCGGCGGGCAUUGAGGAAGCACCCGCGGUCGCGACGGCACGGCGGAAGGGCGGCAGGCGUCUGAUCGCUAUUGUCCGUCCCACUUACUCCUUGGAUCCGGCGUGCCGACGCUCGUGCCGCUGUACCACUCCGGGUUGUAGUCCGCUCCUAGGUCUGAUCGCCUUGGCUGCCAUUCGAGAAAGAGAGCGAGCUUCCGCCCUUGCGGCCGCAUCGCCACAUAGCCACGUGGCCUCCCACGAAGCCGUCAAGCGCAUACCGUGCCCCGAGCAGCGCCCACAGAGCGGCCCAGCAGCGCCCAACGAGCGCCCAGCGAGCGGCGUCAGUGCACCACCAGCGGCACCCACGUGUUCAUCAGGAGCGCCCAACGAUCAGCGCCGCCGCUCACCAGCCGCGCUCACCGAGCGCCAUCAGGAGCGCCAAUCAGCCGCGCCCACAGAGCGCAAAACCGUGCCAUCAACAGUACCAACGGCACCCACAGCAGUGUCAGCCGAGCGCCAUCAGGAGCGCCAACCUCAGCAGCGCACACCGAGCGUCUUCCGCGCCCUCAGUAGCGUUCAGCGACCAUCAGCAGCGCCCAUCGAGCGGCCAGCGCCCAGCCGCGCCCUCAGCAGCGCCAACCGCGCCGGAUACGUGGUCACUAGCCACGCUACGAGCGCCACCAGGAGCGCGCAACGAGCGGCCACCGCGCCCUCAGCAACGUCCACCGCGCCGCCAGCAGCGCCGUCCACGGGCAACGGGAGCGCCAUCCGCAACCACAUCGGUCAGCCACUGCCGCACGUCAGCAGUACCUGCCGUGCGCCCCUGGUAGCGCCCAGCGCCCAGUCACGCCACUAG